UGCCACUGACUCAGCGUGUCCUCAGACACUCCCAAUGGCUCGCACUAAGCAGACAGCUCGUAAGUCCACCGGCGGCAAGGCGCCGCGCAAGCAGCUGGCCACCAAGGCGGCUCGCAAGAGCGCGCCGGCCACGGGCGGCGUGAAGAAGCCCCACCGCUACCGGCCCGGCACGGUGGCCCUGCGCGAGAUCCGCCGCUACCAGAAGUCCACCGAGCUGCUGAUCCGCAAGCUGCCCUUCCAGCGCCUGGUGCGCGAGAUCGCGCAGGACUUCAAGACCGACCUGCGCUUCCAGAGCUCGGCCGUGAUGGCGCUGCAGGAGGCGUGCGAGGCCUACCUGGUGGGGCUCUUCGAGGACACCAACCUGUGCGCCAUCCACGCCAAGCGCGUCACCAUCAUGCCCAAGGACAUCCAGCUCGCGCGCCGCAUCCGCGGGGAGAGGGCAUAAAUUGUCGUUUUUAGUCUGCGAACCCUGAACCCAAAGGCUCUUUUCAGAGCCACCCAAUGAUCUCAACAGAAGUAGCUGUGAUAGCUUAUUUUAUGUGCCGCUUUACAUAAAACUACUUGACCGGGCUAAACGCUGGUACUAUAUAAUCAGUUCUAAAUCCCUAAUAGGAAUAUCGGGAGCAGGCGGUAUGGUCACCAGUACCAGAAGACAAUACAACAAGGCAACGUUAGAUUUCCUAAUGGUUUCAGCUGUACUCAACUAUAAUAAGUAAUACUCAUUUAAGGUGCUUUCUCGCUAUGUUCUUACUUGUUUUAGACAGGAUUAAUUUCGGUAAUCGCACUCCAGAAACACAAACAAUAGUCUGAGAAAUGUACAUUGUCUUGAGCUUUUUGUAAAGUGUUUCAGGGUCCAAAAGACCUCGUUUGAAAUCUAGAGUUAAAAUUAUUUUCUUUUCAGUAUAUUAGAAGACUUUCACCCCAAUAUAUAUACAUUGGAUCUCCUCUUACCUUUUAAAUUAACCUGGAAAUCUGUUGUAAAUGUGAGGUAAGUAAUUACUUGCAUAUUUUAAAGCUAGCUACCUAUUUUUUAAUCUGUUGACCAAGCAUAAUUUAUCCAAUCCCUUUUACUUACUAAAUUAUUUUCUAUAUGUGCACCUGUGUAUUAAUCUACUUGGUUGCAUUGCUUUAUCUCUUUUAAGGGUGUGCCCUGUGGUAUGCUGUGCCACACAAUUUUUUCACAUUUCUUGGCAGUAGUUUCCAUUCAAAAUAGGAUUUACAAGUUGAAACCAUUUUCCUUUUAGUGAUGUUGCUUUUCUAUAUUUGGGAGUUGCGGAUUCAGUAUUACAAGGAAGGUGACCCACACGGGGAUAGUGUCUGAAUGUGAGAAGAAAAAUAACAUUUACUUUAAACUUUAAUUUCUGUAUUUCACCCAAUGAUUGUUUCAGACAGCAAUCUUUUUUUUAUUGUGUAAAUUUUACACUAUAUUUUACAAAUAAUUUUUUACUUUAGAACAACACAGAAUGCUGAAGAACAUGACAGCCACCGAUUGCAAAGGCUUUGCUGCAGUUUUCUUUUCCUCCACACCUUAUUCCUUAAGUCUGGCAUUCUUUCUUUGCGUCCAUCUGAGAUGUGAAUUGAUGCACCGUGGUAAAAUCGUUGGAGAACUUUCAACAACAAAAACCAGAACACCCAAAAGAUUAAACCUGAAUUGUGUAGUUUACUUGGAUUUAUUUGUGUGCCAGAGUUUUAAUAAAAAAAAAAAACCUUUUGGUUUACAGUA